AUGUCCUCUGAAGAAGCGUUGAGCUCAACGUUCACGGAUUGGCUUUUCAUCAAUUCCUGGUGGCUCCUUCUGCCAUUCAUCAUGCUUAUUGUAGUGGCUGCCUUUAUUGUUGCCUUUGUGUUGCUGUUAUACAUGAUAUCGCCUCUUAUUAGCCCCAAGCCUCUGAAACUGAACGGGGCCCACGUCGUGGUCACAGGAGGCUCAAGUGGGAUUGGAAAAUGCAUUGCAAUCGAGUGCUACAGACAAGGAGCUUUCAUCACUUUGGUGGCACGGAAUGAGGCGAAAUUGCUUCAAGCAAAGAAGGAGCUGGAGAAAUUUGCCAUCAAUGACAAACAGGUGGUGCUCUGCAUAUCAGUGGAUGUUUCGAGUGAUUACAGCCAGGUGGAAAGUGUGAUAAAACAGGCUCAAGAGAAGCUCGGCCCCGUCGAUAUGUUGGUGAACUGCGCUGGUUUAUCCAUUUCCGGAAAGUUUGAGGACAUGGAAGUGGACCGUUUCAAAAAAUUGAUGGAAGUGAAUUACCUUGGCAGCGUUUACCCAACGCGGGCUGUCAUAACCACGAUGAAGGAGCGGAGAAUGGGCCGCAUCUUGUUCGUGUCCUCCCAAGCCGGCCAGAUCGGCCUGUUUGGAUACACUGCCUACUCCCCAUCCAAGUUUGCCCUGCGUGGCUUAGCUGAGUCUCUGCAGAUGGAGAUAAAGCCUUACAACAUCUAUGUGACUGUGGCCUACCCCCCUGACACUGACACUCCAGGAUUGGCUGAGGAAAAUAAGUCCAAGCCUCUAGAGACCACAUUAAUCUCUGAAACCUCUGGAGUGUGUCAACCAGACCAAGUGGCCAAAAUCAUUGUUCGGGAUGCAGUGCAGGGGAACUUCAACUGCUCUGUGGGACCCGACGGCUACAUGUUAUCUGCCCUCACCUGUGGGAUGUCACCUGUCACCUCCAUCACAGAAGGUCUCCAGCAGAUUGUUACCAUGGGGUUAUUUCGGACCAUCGCCCUCUUCUACCUGGGGAGUUUUGAUAGUAUUGUUCGCCGCUGCAUGAUUCAGAGGGAGCAGUCGAAAGCAGCUGACAAGAGGGAGUGACAGCAGCCUUACCUUAUUCACAGCUCAAUGCCCCUCCUCCUCCACCCCCCCAUCCCCUCCCCUCCUCCAGCUGUACAAGUGCACAACCGUAGGUGGAGGAAAGGUCAGGCUUUGAGUGUACUUCUGAUAUCAGCAGAUAUGAUUUAGAGUGGCAGAUGUUUACUAUUUGCUUGUCCAGUUACACAACUCCUCCAUAGACUUCAGUCAUUCUCAUUAUUCUAUCCUCUCUGAGCAUUCCAGUGACUUUUCAGUUUAAUAGUCCACCUGCUUCUUUGUCAGGGAGCAGCCUUACUUUAAGGGAAUGGGGGCAGACUAAACAUCCCACAGCCCUGUUCUAAAGUAGGCAGGCUUUUUGAACCAUUCACUAGAUGUCAGGCCUCCACUUGCACAGUGCUGUUUUUUGUUUGUUUUUUUCACACAAAGAGGAAAGUCAACACACCGUCUGUCAGACCGGUUGUGCCAAAAAACAAAAACAAAUCCCUCCCACCAGGGGUUAUUGUGAAAACCAGGAUGGUAACUCCCAGCUUUUAUCUUCACAUUUCAUGUAUUACAAAGGAAGGUCCACAUGUUAGAAUAUCUCAGUUUGGUCUAAAUAGGCCCUUAUUCUCUACCUUUUCAUACCAAAAGUCUUUGCAGGCAAAGCACUUUACCUCUGUGUUUAAAACCAGGUUGAUACCCUCUGUGUUUUGUCUGAACCAAGUUUAGAUUGAGAGACAAGAGCACUCUGCAGCGAUAUCAGAGAGAGCGCGAGAAAGAGAGAGAAAAUGCGUGAUGUGUUUUGAAAUUUUACUAAUACAAAAACAUAAUUUCUAGAAACAAAUAAUAUUUCAACAUUUCAGAUGUAGUUUUUUGGGAUAAUAUAUAUUUGGGUGCAUGAUUGUGUGUGUGUUUUGGGUUAGCUGUGACUGAGCCAAACCCCCGGGGGGGAAAAAGCCAUUCAAUUGUAUCGUCUCUGGAAUAAACGCACCAAAUUAUUUUCCUUGGCAUCCUAUCUUAAUCAUUGAGAAAGGAAAGCAGGUACUACUGGUUGAAGCCAUGACAUAAACACGUUAAAAGGCAACAGGGCCAGCACUAGUAAUGUCACUCUUCACCUGUGAAUAUGACCAGAGUUUAAUACACAUGUUCUCAUGAAUUAUGUGAAAGGAAGCAUGUCAUUAUUACAUGAAAUGUGUCAGUGCACAUAUUCAGCCCCCCAUCCAAGUGGGAUGCAUCAUUUGUCGGGGCGGUGUCAGUCAGGGCCGGGCAAGACUUGCAGGUCGAGUCAUGUCCCUGUAGGUCUAGUGAGGGCGCUAGAGAUUUGUUUUACAAAAAGGCCGAAAUAGCAGAGGGACUAGCAGGGAAGUGUUAUCCUUGUCUUUCUGAUUUUGACCUGCUGUCACUCUGUCAUGCACAGUUGGGGCUCUGCAGCUCCCUAAAUGACAAUAUUCAUUCCCUCCUUGAACAACCUUGUAUUCACCACAUGUGGUUCCAUAUGUUUUGCAUAUAGAGGGAGAAAAGUACAGUGUUGACUCUUGCAAGUCUUCUUCUGUCCAUCACAAACGGGGAGAAUGUACUUUAUAACAAAGCAUACAAAUCAGAACAUGUUUUUAAAUACACCAAUAUUUGAAUGCCAAAAUGUGUUGAGACAAUUUCUGUAGAUGCAAUGCAUUUGUUUGAGAUUUUUCUGAUGUUGCUGCUUCGUUGAUGUGAGUUAGAUUGUUAAAGCUGUGGUGCAGUGUGGGGACCCAUUCCCAGCCUUAAGAUAUGCUACUGAAAAGCUAAUGCGAUAAGAAUGCACCUGUCCACAGAACUAUGUGGAUCAACCCACAUGUGGUUUACCAGUUCAUUUAUUACGUUAUCUUUAGUACUUUCACUGUAAAAUGCCAACUGUUCUUGUGUAUUUUCUCCAUUUCCAGUCUUUGUAUGACAAAAAAAGAAGCCUGGCAGAAAUCCAAGUUAUGAAAGUGAGAAUGGAUGACUCAUGUUUGAUGAUGUUCUCAUUGGAAAUUGGUUAACGGCAUGCUCUCCUGCACUCGAGCUUUUCGCAAUUGAACAUUUAUUGCUUUCAAAGGUUGUCUUUUACAUUAAGGUAGCAAGACAUCGUUAAUAGAACAUGUAGCCCAUAUAAAAGCAGUUUUGUUUUAACCUAUGAGCUAUGCCUAUGCUUACAAUAUGUUGGAACAUAGAGUCAAGAUUUAUGUUAUGUAACCGUCAAGAUUUAUGUUAUGUAACCGUCAAGCUAGUUAGCCCUUAUUUAAUGGUGUCAUCAUCAGAUACCCAAUAUGAGUAUAAAACGUAAAAAUCAUAAUGCACAUUUAUUUUCUCUUUUUUUUCCCUCUUGAUUUUUUCUUCUGCCAAAAAACUUAACUAACACCUUCACCUUGUGUGCCAUGAAAGAAAAUGUGAGAAGUGGAACGUUUCUUUGUCUUAUUUUCUUACAUGACAAACUAAAUAAAUACCUGUGAAAAAAAAUCUA